AGAAGCACUCUGCUGCACAGGCAGAAGAUAGCAGAGAGGAAAAGCCAGAGGGAGGGGGCAGAGGGCUCAGCCGCUCCUGGAGAACCUGGAGAAAGGACAGACAGAGACAGGCGGGGAGGAGGAGAAGAGAAAGUAUGUUUAACACGGAGUAAAGACAGACAGACAGAAAGAAAGAAAAAAACAAACAAACCCUGCCCUUACAGCGCAGUUAAGAAACUGGCAGUGCAAGAAGAAGUCAGACUGCGCUUAAAGGGACAUGAAAAGCUAAAAGAAAUUUUUACCAUCUCUGCAGUCUGUAGGUGUCUGGAAAUGAAAGUAGAGCUUCCUGUCUUUAACGGACUCUGACAGGGGUAACUGGAUUAGAGACUGAGGUCAAAGUGGGAAGCAGAGCGCACAGGGACCAGGCUGCAGAGGCAGAGAAGAUGGGACUCCUCAGCGUAGACUUGCUGAUCACACUGCAGAUUCUGCCAGUCUUUUUCUCCAACUGCCUCUUCCUGGCGCUCUAUGACUCGGUCAUUCUGCUCAAGCACGUGGCGCUGCUGCUCAGCCGCUCCAAGUCCACUCGCGGAGAGUGGCGACGCAUGCUGACCUCAGAGGGACUGCGCUGUGUCUGGAAGAGCUUCCUCCUAGAUGCCUACAAACAGGUUAAAUUGGGUGAAGAUGCCCCCAAUUCCAGUGUGGUGCAUGUGUCCAAUCCUGAAGCAGGUAACAAUUAUGCCUUGGAGAAGACCGCUGAUGGGGCAGAAUGCCACCUCCUUGACUUUGCCAGUGCAGAGCGCCCACUGGUGGUCAACUUUGGUUCAGCUACCUGACCACCUUUCACUAGGCAACUGCCAGCCUUCCGCCAGUUGGUGGAAGAGUUCUCAUCAGUGGCCGACUUCCUGUUGGUAUACAUUGAUGAGGCUCACCCUUCAGAUGGCUGGGCAGUGCCUGGGGACUCCUCUUUGUCUUUUGAGGUGAAGAAGCACCGGAGCCAAGAGGACCGAUGCGCAGCAGCCCACCAACUUCUGGAGCGUUUCUCCUUGCCGCCCCAGUGUCAAGUUGUGGCUGACCGCAUGGACAAUAAUGCCAACGUAGCUUACGGGGUAGCUUUUGAGCGUGUGUGCAUCGUGCAGAGACAAAAAAUUGCUUAUUUAGGGGGGAAGGGACCCUUCAGCUACAACCUCCAAGAAGUGCGGAGUUGGCUGGAGAAGAACUUCAGCAAGAUGAAUUCUAGAUUAGCUGGUUUAAAGGUGUGAUUGUAAUAGCAUUUAUUAUUUUUUUAAAAAAAUACGUAAAAGAAGUUGAGAACUGAACUGAAUCUACUAUUUCAACUGAGUCCCAUUGCCUCACUGAAAGACAGGGGUAUACCUGUCAGUAAACAAACCUCUGAACAUUUCAAUACUUCCUUUUGUACACAAAUGGCAUCCAGGCUAAAUAGCAGCCCUGUUACCUCCCACCUGGUGAACUGAUCCAAGCUGGAGGGGAAGAAACUGUGAUGCAGCGUGUGUUCAUCCUUGCUUGCAAAAGAAGUGACUCUGCUCAAUGUGUGCUUUGGGACCAGGAACAAGAUUUCCCUGAAUACCUAAUGUUAAGGGAAGCUACUACCUAUGAUCUGAUGAAGUGUGUUGUCUCAGCUUUAGUCAUCAGGAACAAACCCAACUGGAAACUCCCCAAAACUUACUUAUAAUGUGAUCUUGAAGCCAUGGUGUGCACUUAGGACUGAGGGGUUAGCUCUUGCCAUGCAAUGCCUUGUGCUAGUAGUAUCUGUAGCCCAGAAUUUCCAAGGUGUAUGUGUAGAUUCCAAGAAUGGGUCCCAACAUGGAAGGCUAAGAUGGCAUCAGAAAUCUGGCAGAUGGAGAAAGCAUUAGGUCAGGGAAAAUGAGCUUAACAAUCGAGGAAAGAGGUAUGAGGAAGAGGAGGAAAUUGCAUAGUGUUUUAUCUGGAAGCUGCAGGUAGUAAGAAUGCUAUUCAACCACGCCAGCAUGGAAGCACAUACACACCGGGGGAAAGCAAGGGGUUGUCUAAAAACAGCAUAGGGACGAUACACAAGGAAACAAGAUGUGCAGUAGUACGCCUAGACUGAUGGUGAAUGGGAGAUGGGAAAGAUGAAAAUGGUGAAUGUGUUUUCAUGUGGAGUUAACCCUUUUAUAUGUGAAAUACUCAUUUCUGUGGGUGAUACUCAUUGAGGGAAAAUCCAGGGGGUCUGGUGCUGCUGGGUUGUUCCUGCCAAAUUCCUAAAGUUACAAUGUUGCACUCCCCUCCAUUCUUAAUCUCUGAAAAAUUGUUUUCUCUGGGUGCUGAGUGAAGGGUAUAGGAGCCAGGUACCCUAGCCAUUCACCUGCUGCCCUCUCCUAAUGUAGAUGAACUCUAAUGAAUAUGGGUUUACUCUGAUUAUUUAUACCCAUAGUUUUGAAGGCUUAGACAUAGAUUAUCCUUGGUGUCACAGAGAUUUGUUAAAGUGGUGUUUCCUCUGACAUUUGAGUUUGAACUUGGGUUUUCCUUUAACUUGGGUUAACCUAUUAGUUGAAUUUUAGUAACUGUGUGCAUGACUGAGUAUAUUUAUGGAUAUACUUCUCUUAAAAUGAGAGAAACACAGCUUUACCCACAAGCAAUACAUAAAGACCAUAGCCUCCAAAAAAUCAACUGAUGUUGUAUCAUAAUUAAUUUUUUCAACUCAAAAGGCGUUCAGAUCACUGCAUAGCAUAUUAUAUUUACAUGUCAAAUUAAUUGGUUUUUAUGUCUAUCCUCUCAAUAAUUAAAUCUAAAGCUGAACUAUAUAGGAAAAGAUAAUCUUAUUAAAAUAGUUGUCCCAAAUGAGAAAACUAGAAAGUGGGUGUAUAUGAAACAAAAGUGUUGUUUUUAAAGAUGAGAGCAAGAAAUGAGUCAGAUGACUAGCCCAUAUUUACAUAGUUAGUAAAGCAGCAUUGUGGCUAAUAUUUUUGGAAGCAUCUAAGAUUGCCAGUGCUUUAAAUUCAGUAAGACAUAACCACAAAGAAACAAAGCAAAUUUCGAAAGUGCAAUGGUAUCUAAUGGACUGUUGUAGAAUCAUAUUGAAGAUAGACUACUUCAGACGCCUCAGAUAUUAAGGUCUGCAAUCAAGGCAUAUCAAUCAUUCCUUGUUGAGUUUAGUCAUCAAAAUGGUGUUGAGAUUUAUGUGCCUCCCUAAAGAAGCAAAAUGAAGAACUGGUUUCAGAACACUCACGUUGAGAUCCAUAAAUGUCCCCUUUUGUUUUCAUGCGCCAUAGUGGAACAGAAUGUCAGAGAAGUGGGUGGGGGGAUGAGUUUUGGCUAAUGUGAUGCUAGUUGUCUGGGGAAAAGAGUGAUGGAACAACUCACCCAGUUGUGCUCUAUUUUUUAAGAAAGAAGGUUGUACGUGCAUACAAUUCGCUUUUUUGGAGGAUAGGCCAAUGGAGGAAGGAAGAAGAGGAAGUAAACAUACAAAGACAUAGUCUGACUGUCAGGGACACAAACAUGUUCGCUAGAACAUGGCAGAAACACUGGAAGAAAAGCUGUUGAAGGGGCCCGGGAAGAAAGUGGAUAGGCAGAGCUCAGGAAUCUUACACUGUGUAGAAUGGGGUGGUCUCCCAGAUAUCAUAAGCCUGUAAUGAUGUAACCUAUUUAUCUCAAUGUAAACAUCUAUGAGUUCCCAUGAUGUACCUUUUAUAAAAACUAAGAAGUCAGUAAUCCAGGCAAGAAAAUCAAUGCUCAGCUACUGUGCUCAAUGACACUAUUAGACUGGCAUUAACCAUCUACCUAAUAUGCCUUUUAUAAUGUAUAUUCCUUUGAAGAGUUACAGUUGUAUUCCUCACAAGGAAAUACACACAUAUAUAUGUAUGUAUACUUUCGCAUAUAUAUAUAUAUAUUUUCUUAGUACAUAAACAUUUUCCUAUAUAAGAUAUGUUUACAUAGUGAUAUCAGUUUAGACUUUUAAACUGGAUUGGCCUGUCUAUCACUAUUGAAACAGUUUCUCAGAGCUUCCCAUAGCAUCUGCACUUCUCAAGCACUUAGUGUUUAAAAGACAUCUUGAACCAUCACUUUCAUUUAUUGGUUAGAGGAAGUAAUCUGGACAAUGACUUUCUUGAGUGGGACUGAAUAAAGUGCCUGGCCAGCAAUUGUAGACAUAUUUCAUACAAAUGCAGCGAACCUAUGUUGAGGCAGACCAGUCAUUGUUCUUGCUCUGUGUUGCCAAAGUGGCGGUCAUUUAACUUACACGUUAACUUUAUUCAUGCUUCAGGUCUCUACACCCAUGUCUUUACCUCGUUCAUAGUUUAUGUCCCUGUAUUUUUGGUAAUAUAAGCUUCUAAGUGGUCUAUUAACUUAGUUAAAUUCUUCUAGUAAUCAAAGACACUUGUUCUCUGAUCCCACUGCCUGAGUGUAUUUUACUAUUUGGGUUUUGAAUACAAUUUAUAGAACAUUGUGAGGUUACAGGGCUGCCUCACACAAAUUACUGGAAGAGAUGCUUGCAGAUCAUCUUUAUGCUUUUCAGAGAAUUCUCAGGUGGAUACAAGCUGCCCUUGGCAUGCCCUGUAGCCUCCAUCCACAGUAAGAGGGAUUUGCUGGUGUCCAGGACCUCCUGGUAUAUACAUCAUAAGAGGAUCAACCUGGACAUUAGUUCCACCUGACCUCUGGCUGAUGGUUUGGAAAAUAAGUUUAAUUAAAAUCCCUUGGCCACUGCAGAGGGGUAAAUUAGACUGAUUUCUGUCCCAGUGAAGGAUAAAGAAAGACUUAGACCAGCGCUGCAGCAAUGUCAUCUCUCUUAGUGGAAAUUGACUCUGAGUCUUUUAAUUUUAGGACCUUUAUGACAUAGCCCCAAUCUAAAACCCAAGUAUAUUUAGUUAGAAUCCAAUUUCUGCCAUUGCCUUAAACCUAGAAGCCAAACCCACUCUCUAUAUGGACUUCCAGAAUGCACACAAGGGUCACUCGCUGCUUGAUGAUGGUAGUCUUGGGACUGUUGCGAAUCCCCCUAGAGAAGGAGGAAUCUGAGGCUGUAUGAACUAUGGAGCUGCUAGUGGGGAGGAAUGAACCCCCUCAGGCUUGGCUUACAGACUUGGAAAAAUUUGAAAUGAGACUUCUUAUGUUUGGAGGAAGGCUGCUGGGUGUCAGUAAAUGACUUCAGGGUGAGCAAGCAUCAGGCCUCUACUUCAUGCCAUGUGUUCUAGAUAAUACCAGAAACAAGGUCUCAGACUUGACAGACUCAGCUCUGUUACAAGAUGAGUCUGAACCAGCAGAAAGCAAACACGUACAGAUAUCCAAACAAGACUUUUCCUACAAGCCAGGGCUUGCCGCCUGUCUCAGGCAACAGCACUAGGGCUCUGGGGAGUUUAUUUAAUAUUUACUGAGACUUUAGAGACCUAGCAGAUGUUUAAUGAAGUCACUAUUUUGGCUCAAACUGCCCUCCCCCUUCUGUCUUGAGAAAAAAAUUCAAACAGGUAAACAUAAAAAUGAAAGAGGCCUAUAGAAGGGCAUGGGAAAUAAAUAAAAUCCUCUCAAAACCAUUCCAGACCAUGCAACGUGGUUUGUAUGUGUCAGGAGUAGGGGAUGAGAAGACCUAUGUACCCAGUACUUGAUAACCAAAGCAAUUAAUUGAUCUUGGGUAGGGAACAUUGGCCAGUUUUGUUUAGUUUUGUAUCUGUUGUCACCAGACUCCCAAACCCAGAUAACCAGACACCUGAAGGGGGAAACCGAGAUGUGCAGAGCUUACUGGUGUGCAAAUGAUAACUACUGACGAAAGAGUCACCCACUCAGUCUGUGGUUGGAUGUAGUCACAUGAGUCUGACUCUCACAUCUCUGUCUCCCUAGCAAGGAGAAUAUUUGGGUCAUGAUGCAAAGUGUGCUGGGUCAAUGUGACAAGAAUGUGUGUGUGUCCAUCUCUGCUUCUUGGUUGCAGAAGAGAGAAAAGCUUUGGGGAUUAUCAGUAGAAAGAGUGUUGUUCUAUCGGUGCUGAGUGGUAUGUGUGCUCUUACAACUUGUUCUUAUAUUUUAAUAAAGUUUGAAUAAAAGAA